UACUAACAUAAAGAUAUAUACGUAAUUACUAACUCGCUAUACUUCCAGUUUUCUUUCCCCCCUUUAUUUUUUACUUUUCUCAAACAUUAUCGGUUAAUACUAUCUUCUUUCGUCCUAUUUUCACCUUCUUUUUCAUUCUCUCUUUUGUUUUCGUCUUUUUCAUUAAACACGAAUACGAGCAUGACACGAGCACGAAUAGGCACGACACGAUUCGAACCGUGCCCGGGCCGGGCCUAGCAAAGUUAACAAAUGGGCUUGCAUGGCACGGCAAGAAAACUGACGAGCCGUGCCAAGCACGGCACAGAAUAAAUGGGCCCGAAGCGUGCCCGUGUCGUGUCGGCCCAAGCACGGCCCAACGCCCAUGUACACCCGCAAUCCACCCACCACCCACCCACAUAAGUACGGGUGGAAGAUUUAUCAAUCUGCAAUCCACUUAAAUCAAUCAUCCAUUAAGUGCAAAUCGGGUUAUUUGUGGAUGAAUCGAUAUCCAUUCGCGGAUUAAACACCCACAUUCCCACGCCUAGCCGCCGGGACCGUUGGUUUACAACAAAACGGUAUAUAGGGAAGACGAAUGACCAGUGGGGAAUUUUGGAGGGAAGACUGAAAAGCGCGGGAAAAUGGCAAGGUUCUAGCUUUAUCAAUUGAAUGGAGAAAAAUAGAGAACCCAAGUCGCGGAGCUAGCGGGCAGAGGGAAUAUAGGUAGGUUGGGAGCCGGGGGAGAAGGAAGCGAAAAUCAAUGGAAGACGACGGGAAUCUGAAGAUGGGAACCACCGGGAUCAUUAGUCUGAACAAAAAUCAAGGGACGAAAUCCGGAGUUCCAGACCUUACCGGCGAGGUCCACCAACUGCCCUGCUGCAUCAAGUACGACGGCCCUUCCGAAGUUUACGACUACUUCAAACCUAAAUCCACCGUUGAUGGACUGGCAGAGCAACAGGCGUAUUUCAGGGGCAGAAAGCUACAUGGCGUAACGAUUCCCAUUCCACCUGGUUAUUCUGGAUUUGUCUUGGGUAAGAAAAGUCUUGGCAAGAGAAAAGCUUCUGAUUGCAACUCUAAUUGUUGGGAGCCGAAUGCUAAGUUUGAGAAUAUAACUUACUGGAAUCACGACACACUACCUUCACAAGAUGAUAUGUUUGUUCGGUCUCUCCAUUGGUUAUCUGUUGCAGAAGCUCUACACAAGCCGGUGACAAUAGAAGACUUGGGUUCCACACCCAUUCCCAAGGAGUAAAAGCUGUGAGGGUGUGAUUAAAAAUUUUGGGGGCACCUUUGUUCUCUACUUCUAUCUGUAUUGCUUGGUAGUUAGUGUGUGAUGAACUACACUAAUAUUUUAGGAAUGGUGGAUUUGUGAUGCAAUCAUCUUUUCAAUGAAUGUUUUGAUAUGAA